CUUUCCUCGUCAUUAUUUCAACAGCAGCACCACUACAUUAACCCAAAUGAAAGCUGAUACCCUUUUUUGUAUUGUGGGAUGGAACGUGCCAACUUUUGUCCCUCACUCACUUUCUACCCACCAGAUUCUCUGAUUUUUCCUAGAAAAUAAUCAAAACCCAGUAGUGAAGUCAAAGUUACAGUAGUGCUGAAUGCUUUUAAUUUUGUUAUGGAGGUGUGUAUCCUCUGUUUUCUUCUUCUUUUGUUUGCUUAUGCCCAUUGCAAAUCAGAUAUUCACCUUGGUUACAGAGUUACCCUUGCUAUUCCUGUUGAGUACAGUAUGGGAUUUAUUGGGAGAGCUUUUUUGAUGGAGACGAAUCAAAUGGAACCCAAUUUUAAAGCUGCAUUGAGUGUGGAACCAAUUGAUGGGAAAUAUUCGUGUUCCUUGGAGGUUUUUCUUGGGGAUGUGAAGGUGUGGAAUUCUGGCCAUUAUUCUCCAUUUUUCACGUCUGAAAGGUGCGUGCUUGAGCUAACGAAGCAAGGGGAUUUGCAGUUGAAGGGAGCCAAAGAAAUGGUGGGUUGGCGAACUGGGACUUCUGGACAAGGUGUGGAGAUUUUACAGAUACUAGGAACUGGAAAUCUUGUCCUGGUGGAUGCCCUGAACUUUAUAAAGUGGCAGAGCUUCAAUUUUCCAACCAACGUGAUGCUAUGGGGACAGAGGCUAAAUGUGGCCACUCGCUUGACUUCUUUCCCCAGCAACUCGAGUUCCUUCUAUUCAUUUGAAAUUCAACACGAAAAGAUUGCUCUCUACUUGAAUUCAGGUGAUUGGAACUAUUCUUACUGGGAAUUUAAGCCUUCCAUGAAUAGAAACAUCAACUAUGUUGAAUUAGGCUCACGAGGGCUAGAGUUAUUCAAUGAUAAACAUCACAAAAUGGCGCAGAUUUCAUUGUCGAAAAAGAUUCAACAUCCCCUGAGAUUUUUAGCCCUGGGGAACAAAACAGGAAACUUGGGUCUCUAUUUUUUCUCGCCUGACAAACAAAGAUUUGAGGCAGCAUUUCAAGCGCUAAACACCACAUGUGAUCUUCCUUUAUCCUGUAAACCUUAUUCUAUUUGUACAUUCGACAGUACUUGUUCAUGCAUCCAAUUACUCACAAAAGAAAAUGGGAUGGGUUCUGAUUGUAAAAAUGAUUUCUCCGGUGGCUUCUGUGGAAGAGAUAAGGUAGAAAUGCUGGAACUAUAUGGAAUUAGCAGCGUUCUAAGGGCUGCAUCUAUAGAACUUAACACCAGCAAGGAAGAUUGUGCAAAAUUUUGCCUGGGAAACUGUAAAUGUGUUGCUGCAUUGUACUCUGACGAGUUAAGAGAAUGCUACAUCUAUGGAGUAGUGAUGGGUGUCAAACAAGUGGAGAGGGGAAGAGGAUGGACUUUCAUGGUGAAGAUUCAGAAAGGAAGCCAUUUUGAUGGUGGGAAUUCUGGAUUGAAGAAAUGGGUUGUGGCUUUGGUGGGAGUAAUUGAUGGUUUGGUGAUUUUGCUUGUGUUGGGUGGGCUUUCUUAUUAUCUGAUUCGAAAGAGAAGAAAGAACAUUAGCAGCAUUACUGAUAACACCAGCUAGAACUGCCUGUGGACUGUGAUUCUGAGUUUUUGUCAUGAGAAUUGCAAUUUUUUACCUUUUAUUUUCCUUUAUACAUUUAUACCCUUAUUUAAAGAGGCAAGGAUUAGAUCUUCGACAGGCUGAAUGAAUUUUCCAAGUGUAAUGAAAUCGCUUUCAUUUUUUUUU